AUGCUGCUUCAUCUAGGCAGCAAGCCGGUGUUAAUUAUCUCCUCCCCUGAUGCAGCUGAAGAAGUCAUGAAAACACAUGAUUUAAUCUUUGCCAAUAGGCCUAAAGCAGGCUUUGCUGGAAGGCUUCUGUACAAUUUCAAGGACAUAGCGUUUGCUUCCUAUGGUGAGUAUUGGAGGCAGGUAAAAUGCAUAUGUGUACUACAGCUUCUAAGUCACAAGAGGGUUCAGUCAUUUCGAAGCAUAAGGGAAGAAGAGAUUGCACUAUUGUUGGAAACAAUUAGAGAAUCUUGUGCUUCGUCUUCAGUAAUACGUAUAAAUAAAAUUUUGGCAACACUUACUAACAAUAUAGUUUCGAGAGUUGCCACUGGAAAAGAUUACAUCCCAUGGCUUGCAUGGAUAAAUAAUAUCAAUGGCUUGGAAGCAAAGGUGAAAAAAGUGGCCAAAGAUUUCGAUGAAUAUCUGGAAAAACUUCUUGAAGAGGGAGUAAAGAAGCAGGACAAAAGAGGAAACAAGAAUGGUGGUGAUGAGAAACAGCAGCAGAAUCUUGUGGAUGACAUGUUUGUUGGUGGAACUGAUACAACAUCAUCGCUGCUGGAGUGGGAAGAUGAUUUAGAGAAUCUCCAUUACCUAAAAGCAGUAAUAAAAGAGGCUCUUCGUUUGCAUCCACCAGUUCCAUUACUUCUUCCUCGUGAAUCAAGCCAGGCAGUCAAAUUGAUGGGAUACGAUAUAGCUGCCGGCACUCAAGUGAUUAUCAAUGCUUGGGCGAUCGGAAGGGACCCAAAAUUGUGGGAAGCUGCUGAGGAAUUUCGGCCAGAGAGGUUCUUGAAUAGCUCUUUGGACAUUAAAGGGCAAAAUUUUGAGUACAUCCCAUUUGGUUCUGGGAGGAGGAGCUGCCCCGGUUCUGCGUUUUCUAUGGUUACAGCUGAACUUGCACUUGCAAAUUUGAUGUGCAACUUUGAUUUUCAGUUGGUUGGUGGAGCAAGACCAGAAGAUUUGGAUAUGACUGAAGCACAUGGGAUGGUUACACCAAGGAAAGUCCCACUUCUACUAGUUGCAAGUCUACCUAAUUAG